ACCAAAAUCAUGAAUUGUCGUAUAGGGCCUUAAUGGGCUUAAAUGACCGAGAUAAUGACCUGUUAGCCCACUAGAGAUAAUUCAGAAGCCUAACUUUGGAUAUAAAGUUUAAAAACCCUGGUUCCAGUUUUUUCUUCUGGUUCUCGAAACUUCUUCUCCCAAAUUGAACAACCAAAGAAGUUGCAGAGCACACACACACACUUUCAAGUUUCAAUACAGAGAUGGCGAGCACUGAGCCAGAGCGUGAGAACCGUGAAGAUGAAACCGAAGUCAACGAAGAUGAAGACACCGGAGCUCAGGUAGCUCCGAUCGUUAGGCUUGAAGAGGUUGCAGUCACCACCGGCGAAGAAGAUGAAGACGCCGUCCUCGAUCUGAAAUCGAAGAUGUAUCGAUUCGAUAAAGAAGGGAACCAAUGGAAGGAGAGAGGAGCUGGAACUGUGAAGUUAUUGAAGCAUAAGGAAACUGGAAAAGUUCGUCUUGUUAUGAGACAAUCUAAAACCCUAAAGAUCUGUGCCAAUCACCUCAUUUCGUCUGGGAUGAGUGUUCAGGAACAUAGUGGGAAUGAAAAGUCUUGUUUAUGGCACGCUACUGAUUUCUCCGACGGCGAGUUGAAAGAUGAGCUUUUCUGCAUUCGAUUUGCUUCCAUUGAGAAUUGCAAAACAUUUAUGGAGAAGUUCACUGAAAUAGCUGAAAGCCAGCAAGUAGGGAAAGAGAGCACCCAGGGCGACGAGGCUGCUGGUUUAAUAGAGAAUCUUUCGGUUGAGGAAAAUAUAAGUGAGGAGAAAGCCAAGGAAGCAGAAGAGAAAGAGCCUGCAAAGGAAGAUAAAGAAACAAAAAAGGAGAAGGUAGAAGAAGAGAAGAAAACAGAGGCAAGCACUUAAGUGAUCAAAUUAAAAUUGGUUGUUGGCAUCACUAAGUGUGCUUUGCUUUAUUUUAAUAUAUUAUACUUGGCACUGAACAUGAUGGUAGCUUCAAAAGUUUGAGUCUUUGCGCUGUGUUAGAGAAAGAGAAUCUUAAGAUUUUUUUUUAUGUUGUUGCUGUGUAAGUGUUUGACUAUUGUGUCGUCUCUUUACUGUGUCAAUUUGGUUUAAGAUAAUAGUAUUCGGCAUCAAAUUAGUAUCCUUGCUUUCAUCUUCA